AUGGGUUUGCCACGUAUACUGCAGCUCAAAGUUGGAGCACGGUACACGGUCACAUAUAACUUGGACACAAGUGAUGGACUCAUAAACGGUGCUACGGAGCGACUAGUGCACAUCGAUAUGGCACAGCAACGCCCGGAAACAAAUGCACCGCGAAAACCACCCACGGUGGGUACCAAUCUUCGGAGAAGAUAUGGCACCAUCAUUGCUGCAUCGCAAUAUCCUCCUAACUGGACACCACUGGAGCCCGCAACUGUGACGAUUAAAUGUAAUAAAUUGUGUAAUUUGCAAGUGCUUCGGAAGCAAUUUCCAAUCGUGCCAGCCGAGGCAAUAACGAUUCACAAGAGCCAGGGCCAGACGAGCCUUUUCAUCAUUGGCUCUUUUGUACCGCCGAAUGAACCUCACCCCAACGAUCCACUGCAACUGGAACUGCAGCGCCAGGAGCGGUGUUUGCCGGUGCCGGCAUUUAAAUUCCUGCACGAAACACGUACUGUUGUGCAAGACCCGCCAGAAAAGCUGGAGGAGCGUGCUGCCUCAUAUCGGACCAAUUGA